AUGUCUGAACCAUUGAAGAGGUCUUCCAGACCGGGUACUCCGCAUAGGCUGUCGUCUCGUUCAUCUCUUUUGUCGUCGUCUUCCCCAAGAGGUGGGAACCAUUAUGACAUAGACCCAAACAAAACUCCGUUGGAUGAAGUUCUUUGCUCCAACACAGGCCAGGGUGAAACGUCUUCCAGUCUUUUAAGCGAGCUAAACGACUCUUUGACUACAUUGGAUGCUAAUAUGACAAAGGUCAACAGCGUUCACGAGUCUUUGACCAACUUCAAUGAGAGCUUUUCAGCGUUUCUCUACGGGUUAAGUAUGAAUGCUUGGUGCGUAGAGUACUCAGAGGCCCCAACUAAAGAAAAUUUUGAAAACAGGUCCAAAUUAAACAAUUUGAAAGCCAAAAUAAAAGAGACAGAGCAAAUUCUAGAGCAGUACAGCAGAAAGAGGAAAGACACAGCAAAAAUUACAAAGCCAGCAAAAUAUGCAAAACAAUCCAAUCCUAAACCUUCAACAACGUUGAGUAUACCGCAACCAACUCCAGCUAAACAGCAAGUUAGUAGCACUGACUCUUCAUUUGAAAUAGAGGAAGAAACUGAACGGUCGUCAAGAAUUGGGGCGAUUGGGAAGUCCCGCAUACCGUAUAAAAGCGACAGCAAAAGAAGUAUGAUGAGGCUAAAGUCUUUGCCUCCAAGAAGACCUCCAUUCCGAUAA